UUUACUGUUUAUUAUGAAUACAGGAAAGUUGACUACAAAAAUACUACACUUCUUAUUAAUUAAGAAUAAGGAUUUUCAAAAAUAUUAUUAAAGAAUGUAUUGAACAUAUUAAUAUAAAAUUUUAUAACUUUCAUCUGCUAUCAUUGACCUUUAAGUAAGCCAGUUUUAUAAUCACGAAGUACAUAUUAUUUUACUUAUAUUUCUCUUUUACAUACCAAAAUAUAAUAUUAAAUUCACGUUUAUGAGGCAAAAAUCUUCAUAUUCAAUAAGAAAUGUGAUCCCAUUACUUAACUUUGACUAUUUUUUAAAUAACUGAUAUCAACUGUUUGUUGAAAACAGAUACAGAUUGUUAUUAGCAUACAAAUAAUUCUUAUAAAGUUGUUUCAUUCUCUUAAUUUUAAUCUAGCUCCCUACGCGCGCCAUAAAUAAUUGCACGAGACGCGUAUUACAUACUAUUUUACGGAUUGCCGCAUCAAGAUUGUAGGCGUAUAUAAAACUGUGCAUAACCAACGCAGUUAAUCAUUCGCAAUGUCGUCCCCAAGAAUCUUAAUCUUUGGACAACGUUAUAGUCGAGCCUAUAAGUAUCAAUUAGCACAGUAUAAUGGCACUAAGACCCUAUACGAGAGGUAUGCUGUAAAAGAACACGCAUGUAAGUAUGUACAUACAGCGUGCUAUGUACACGAAAGUGCUAAUGUACUUUAGAUCCUUGAAACUGUACGUCCAACCGCGACUACGGAUAACAUAGACUAUGAAAGGUAAACCUUGGUCUUGUUCAUAAUACCAAUCCGGUUGCAGGAAUGAUGCGCUUUUACCGUAUUUAUAAGAGUUAUAUACGUUGGUUCAGCGUACCUUGUUGACACCCUAUACUAGCGUGAUUCUUACUGGGCCCCACUCUUUAAACCCACGGAACGGACUGCAGUUUUACUUUCGUUCGAGGAUCGGUCUCAGUUCAGGUUUACCGCUCCGUGCUCUUGCGUAUACUCGGCGCGGUUCUUGCGAAAUUUUACGAGGCAAAUGAAUUCUGUUGUACGUUGUUGUAAUUAAUGUACAAUCAAUUAUUGCCUGUCAAUUACUACUGAUACAAUAGUUUUGGAAAAAAUGUACUUGUGUGUGAAAAGAAGGCCGGUCAACGGUAUAUUUCUUUUCCUGUCACGUAAUGUGCCGCCUACUUUCUCAGUGAGUGGAUUUGGCAUAGAUCAUAGAAACACGUGUGUGUCAGCAAAACAAACAUGUUGGGAAUUUGAAAAUUUUCUUCAACAAGAACAAACCAUGUUUCAAAAUAACUUUCAUCAAUUUGUACAGGCACUAUUCGUGGACACAGAAAAGAUUACGUAAGAAAGUCACAAAAGAACCAGGAAAGAGUUAAAUGUCAAACAACGAAUCUUCUUUAAUCUCUUCUUAAGGUCGCCCGUGUAUCCCAUCGAUUCCUUGCCACUUUGGUACUCAUCAAAGGUACUACACUACCGUCAAAUAUGUUACUGGAUCUGGGUAGGCGUACAAAUAUUUCGAUGGAGAAAUACGAUCAGGCGGAGCGAGCAAUCCUGAACUCGCGGACACAUUUGAAUCACGGUUCUCCUUCAUGGUACCUCGGUGUGUCACACGAAAUGACCGAACACGCUCAGAAUCUCUCGAGGAAAGCUCUACGGAUAGAAACGAUGGCCGUGAUGUUGGUAGAAGCUUUGAACAUGUCAUCAAAAGAAGCAUCUUCCGUAUUACCAUCGGUAACUGCCAUCAGUUGUCCUGACUCACCUACAUAUUUGCAAGUGAUGGCUAGCUGCAAGAAGAUCGAUCCUCGCUAUAGAACGCACAGCGGGAAAUGCAAUAACGCUUUGCAUCCGACUUGGGGCGCAGCUCUAGAAGCUUAUAUACGGUUCCUACCAACUGAAUACGUCGAUGGUGUUUCUCUACCGCGUAUAGAUUUACCUAGCGCCAGAGACGUCUCUUUGAGAGUCCAUUCCGGAGGAUCCGAUCUUAAACAUCCGUAUCUAAUGGCGCUCACCGCGCUCUUUGGUCAAUUUCUCAUUCACGAUCUCGCGCACACGCCAAAGAUGGAACUACCCGAUGGGGCGAGACUAAAAUGUUGCGACGUGGAUUACGAACACUUUCAUCCAGAAUGUUUUCCAAUCCGAGCCAAUAAUGUUGUCGGCUGCAUGGAAUAUUCUAGAUCGGCGCCGCACCCAGGAAAUUCGCUACAGGGAUGCAAAUUGGGUCCUCGGCAGCAGAUCAACCAAGCGUCCUCAUACUUAGACCUUUCCCCUGUUUAUGGGAGCUCCGAAGAUGUAGCGCAAGCUCUACGAUCCGGCAAGGAUGGUUUGCUUAAUACACAGAGGAAAAACUUGCCCAUGCCUUCCCCUAAGUAUGAAAGUUGCAGAAGCGCGAACAAAGCUUUCCCAUGUUUUCUUAGCGGGGAUUCACGGGUAAACGAGAACCCCGGUCUCACUCUAAUGCAUGUACUUUUUCUACGUGAACAUAACCGAGUCGCUACAGAGCUAGGACGACUGAAUCCUCACUGGGAUGACGAGAGACUCUAUCAGGAAGCAAGAAGGAUCGUUAUCGCAGAAAUGGAGCAUAUAACUUAUAACGAGUUUCUACCCGUUGUUCUUGGAGAAACAACUCUCGACAAAUAUCAGUUACGCUUAACGCAUCGAGGAUACUUUCGAGGCUACGAUACUCGAACGGAUGCGACACUUUCAAACGCUGCCGCCUCUGCUGGACUCUUCUUCAUUGCCACGCUGACCCCAAAAACCCUCGACCUAGUUGACUCGCGAUCGGCGUUAAAGUCUGGAGAAAGGUCCUUACUAUCGGCCUUCUACGCUCCGCAAGAGUUCUAUGAAGCUGGUGCUAUUGAUCGCCUGAUUGCUGGCGCUACAGCGGGACAUUCUAGGAAGCCAUUGCCACCAGGACUGAAUGAAAUACUUUUGGAACGAUAUUUCCAUGAUGGAAAAAGCAACGACAUUCCCGUGGAUUACGCUGCACAGAUCAUACAACAGGGAAGGGAUCAUGGUUUGCCACCUUAUGUCAGAUGGCGAUCAUUUUGUAAUUUAGCACACGUCAGUAGUUUUGAACAUCUUAGAGGAGCAAUGUCCAAAGAUACUAUACAAAGACUUCGAAAUGUUUAUAAAAAUGUAGAGGAUAUAGAUUUAGUAACAGGAUUGCUUUCGGAAGCACCAUUACCUGACUCAGUCUUAGGACCAACAUUUCUUUGUUUAUUGGGCCGUACUUUUCGGAAUAUUCGUUUUGGUGAUAGAUAUUGGUAUGAGAAUGGAAAUACCCCAGGAUCGUUUACCUUAUAUCAAUUAGAAGAGAUCCGAAAAAUCACAAUGACGCAAAUAUUAUGUUACAAUGGUGAAAGAUUGAAUUGGGUGCAACCUAGAGCGUUUCUUCUAAGAGAUCGUUUUUUAAACGAAGUGAUAAACUGUACGAUACACAAAAGCGGAUCGCCGGAUCUUUCAUUUUGGAAAGAAAGGAAUAAUUCAUAACUUUUUUGCUACUUGUAAUUGUACAUAGCAAAUAUUACAUAGCUAUUAUUAACAGAAAACGCUAGACUUUAUAAACUUAUGUUAAUCAACAUUGUUCCUUAUCAUAGAAGCUAUAAAUCCGUAUAUUUCAUUUUCUUUUUCAAGACGAUAAAUUUAAAAAAAAUUUAUUAAAUCAAAAAUGAAUAAAAGUAAUUAUAAACGAAACACACACCUGCUACUUACUACUUAAGAAUUAUGUAUCUGAUGCACAUGCUAAUGUGUAUCUCUUUCUCUAUGUCGCAUUUAAUAUUUUUUAUACAUUUUGUAAUACAACUAUAACUACAUUAAUAAUGAUUGUAUUUAAAAAAUGUAU